UACGUGGGAGACGCCGUUCCUUGUGCAUCGUUGCGUAGGAGAGCCGAGAGUUUGGCGCAGAGUCGAAUUGCCAGUCGGGCCGGCACCCGCGACGACGCGACGAGUUUCUUUACCCGGGAGUCGUCGAUUCCUACGAGUCAACUUCCAAGACAGGGUCCAAAGUCAGAGGCUGUCGUGCUUUCGGUCGGCGAUUCCCGAUAUCACCCCCCUCGCUCCUCCUAACCCUCCCAUCAUCCCCCCACCCACAUCCGUCCUCCUCGGUUCGACAUAAAAGAGACAUAAAUUUUCACAACCAACGUUACUUGAACGUACGUCUGCGACGACGACCUACGCCAACCCUACCGCCAGUCUGUCGGCGCACGUUGCCUCCGAUUCUUUUACCGAAACGCACAAGCAUAUUCGCAGGGUUAGCGAUUCGCGUUCAAGACAGAUUUCUGUAGGUACUUUAAAAAUUAUCGCGCCGCGCUCUCGCGUCCUUCAGGAUAAUUUUCUUAAACUUCCAAGACGCGCGUUUGUCUCGUCCUCAGAUGGUCAAAGGUUGACUUCAUUUUUCGUCGUUUCGCAAAAACAAAACAAAAUAAAACGAGCAAACAGAAUCUGUAUAAAAUCUUCGCAAGACCGCGCUUGUCCUUUUCUCUAAACUUGACGAUGCAGACUAGCAAUCAACCGCAGACGAUGCCGUCUCUACUUAUCGCUCGAGGAUCGCUACCAGACAUCGCCGUAACCAUGGUUUCAGGCAGAGAGAUCCACGGGGCCUUCAGUUUGAUCGUGGACGACGUCGACUCGACGGAUUCCCUGCGGUGUAACUCGAUCGUCGGCGAGAGCCAGGAGGUCGAGGGCUCGUCAGCGGGGAGCAGCUCGCAAACCUCGUCGUCGCACACCCCGUUGGACAGCCCGGGUGGACCGCGAGAGAGAAUAAAGCAGAUCCAGGUUGAGGCGGAGACGCGGCGGGGUGAAUUCGCGAGGCUCCUCGAGGAGCACGCCCAGGUUGUCAGGAAGCUCAAGAUGAUGGAAGCCGAGGAACAGCUGAACAGCUCCUCCUCGAACGGAAACGUCCUCGGCGCGGCGACGCAGGCGUGAUCUCCAAGGAUCAUCGUCUGUCGAAUGUAUGGAGAAAAACAUGUCUUACGCGAUUUUACCCACCGAGAUAUGUAUGCAUGUAUGUAUGUAUGUAUGUAUGUAUGUAUGUAUGUACGCACACACACACGCCGUUUGUGAGCCGUAGUGUUGCUUGAUUCGAAUGCAAAUACCAAUCCCAGUGCACUCGAAGCAAGCGUAUAAUAAUACCUGUUACUACGUGUAUGUAUAUACCUAUAUAACGGAUGUAUACCCUGCUGAAAAGUAAUGCAGAAUUUAGAGCUAGAUCAGCGUUCCCGGUUUCGUCAAUAACGUAGACAUGUCGGGGUACUUUUCUUUACUGCUUUUUUCUCUCAAUUUCUUUCCGUCCCUUUUUUUCUUAACCCCUUACCGCAUACGAAGCCGUAUUUGGCUGUUUGGCUGCUUGAAGUGUCCAGUCUUUUUUUUUUUCAAAAACAACUUUGAAUACUAUGUGUACAUUUCUUCGUGCAACGGAAUGUAUUCUUUUUGUUGUCUAUGGUAAGCGCGUACUGUUAAACUAUUUGAGUAAAUG